AUGGCGGCUUCCUUCAGGGUGCUGCAUCGGCGCGCGGCGGCGGCGGCCAGUACCGGCGGGGGUCGGUGGCUCCUGUCUGCGGGUUGGUCCGCGGCUUCAGCGGGUCGUCGUUUCAGCGGCGUCGCCGGAGACAAAAACACACACUUCGGUUUUGAAACCGUGUCCGAGUCAGAAAAGGCAGAGAGAGUCUAUAAGGUGUUUGAGAGCGUGGCCCAGAAGUAUGACACCAUGAACGACGCCAUGAGUCUGGGUGUCCAUCGCGUGUGGAAGGACAUGUUGCUGCACGCCAUGCACCCACAGCCUGGUGCACGACUGCUGGACGUAGCAGGGGGAACAGGAGACAUCGCCUUUCGUUUCCUCAACUACAUCCACUCUCAGCAGGAGCGGCAGUGGCAGCGGGCGGCUCGGUCCAUGCAGACGCCGUCCUGGCAGGAGAUUUCCAACAACUACAGCACGGAGGACGAGCACAGGACCCCAGAGUCCAGGGCCGUGGUCUGUGACAUCAACAAGGAAAUGCUCAGAGUGGGCAAGCAGAAAGCGGAGAGCAUGGGCAUGACCACCGGCCUGUCCUGGGUGGUGGGCAAUGCUGAGGAGCUGCCCUUCAAUGAUGACCAGUUUGAUGUCUACACCAUCGCUUUCGGGAUUCGCAACGUCACCCGUAUAGAUCAAGCACUACAAGAGGCCCUGCGGGUGCUGAAGCCUGGUGGCAGGUUCAUGUGCUUAGAGUUCAGCAAAGUGACCAACCCGCUCUUGGCCAGGCUUUAUGAUAUGUACAGUUUUCAGCUGAUUCCAGUGAUGGGAGAGGUGAUUGCUGGGGACUGGAAGUCCUACCAGUAUCUGGUAGAGAGCAUCCGCAAGUUCCCUGACCAGGAAGAGUUUAAAGGUAUGAUCGAGGACACCGGCUUCUACUGUGUACAAUACAAGAACCUCACUGGUGGGGUGGUGGCCCUUCACUCGGGCUUUAAGCUGUGAGGUGCUCGCCCACCAUCUCCUCAGGAAAAAGAUAUAAAACAAAACUGCUGGCUUUGAAAUGGUGGGAUUGCUGAUGACUCAGUAGACCGUCUGUCUGGGUCCCACAGUCCAAGGACGUAAAAGGCCACAUCAGGGUGGACCUCCGACAUUAUCCCAAUUCACGAGGAAAGAAGAACUCAGAAGAUGUCAGACUGUAUUUAUUUUUUGUUGAAAGGGAAUUUGGUGAUCCGUUACAAGAAAUUUUGU